AUGAGGAAGAAGUUGCUAGCCGACGAUCGGGAGAGACCGAAUCGACCGGACCCAACAUUAGUGAGAUAUUUCGAAGGGUCUGUUGGUGGAGGAGAUAGUAGGAGGAAGAGGAUGUACGGACUCAAGUCACACACAUCUCACUAUUACUCUAACGUCAAUGCAGCCUCAAGCUCUACUACUUCUCGAUUUAAUGCCGCCGACGAGGCACAACUUAAGGAAGUACAAGAUCAAACAUCCGCAAAUACGGUAGAUAUCCAUAACCUAUGGGUCGUCAACACGCUAAAGGAUCGUGUCACAUCAUUGUUGGAUAUGACAAAUGAGUUGAGAGAGAUAGUUGACGAUGUGUCAAACGAGCACAUCAAGACCCAAAAAACGAACCAAAAGGUCCUUGUAUCCUCUCAUAGUUCCGAUCUGUACUUUGACUCCUUGGACUAUGACAAAUCGUUAGAUGAUAGAGAUGCAUUUGUCAAUCUUGAUUUUCUCUUGAAGACUCAAUAUCGUAUAACAACAAUAGUGGGUUCUUCUGAUGGCAUGGUUUGCCUAGCUGAUGAUCGCAGUGGUCGCUUGUUUUUAUGGAUUCAAUACUGCAAGACAUUACCCUUACCAUUAACAUUACCAUGUCGCCGUCAUUUUGUUUAA